CAGACCUGCCUCCAGUGCUAAGCUUCUUUCGUUCCUGUUCAUCGUAACAUCAACAUGAAAGUUACUGUAACAACACUGAACGAUGAGAUAUUCGUCUUGGAUGUCUCCGAAGACUUGGAAUUGGAGAAUUUCAAAGCAUUCUGUGAAAUAGAAUCUGGUUUUCCUGCUAAAGAUAUAACUUUGAAUUUUAAUGGCAUGCCUUUACUGGACGACAAGAAGUCCCUGAAAGAACACGGAGUUCACGAUGGCGAUGUUAUUGUGCUGCUCCAUAUGAUAAACUCUGCCACCAAUCUCAAUGCAACCGACGCUAAUCAAGCUUUGCCUACUGGCUUAGCUAAUCUAGAUUUCAGCAACAUCAGAGUACCACCUGUUGCUGCUAGCACUUCCAUGGCUGCACGGAACCCACCAGUGGAGGAAGAUCCCCGUAUUAUUAGGGAGAUGUUCCUAGCCAAUCCUGACCAGUUGGCACUGUUGAAGCAAAACAAUCCAAGAUUGGCUGAUGCACUUUUAAGUGGUAAUCUUGAUACAUUUGCCUCAGUGCUUCGUGAACAAAUUUCUGCCAGGACUGAACGUCAACAGCAAAGGAUAAGAAUGAUGAAUUCCGACCCAUUUGACACAGAAGCUCAAAGAAUGAUUGCUGAGGAAAUCAGACAGAAGAAUAUUGAAGCAAACAUGGAAGCAGCAAUGGAGUACAAUCCUGAAACAUUUGGGACUGUUGUCAUGCUUUACAUCAAUUGUCAUGUUAAUGGAUUUCCUGUGAAAGCAUUCAUUGACUCUGGUGCUCAAACAACUAUAAUGUCUGCUGCAUGCGCUGAAAGAUGUAAUAUUAUGCGUCUUGUGGAUACUAGAUGGGCUGGUAUUGCUAAAGGAGUGGGAGUGCAGCGAAUCAUUGGUCGUAUUCACAUGGUCCAAAUGAGAAUUGAUAAGGAUUUUUUGACUACUUCUUUCUCAGUAUUAGAAGAACAGCCAAUGGAUAUGUUACUCGGCCUGGAUAUGUUGAAGAGACAUCAGUGUAACAUUGAUUUGAAGAGGAAUGUACUGAGAAUUGGCACCACAGGCACAGAAACACCUUUCUUGCCUGAAUCGGAUCUACCAGAAUGUGCUCGUCUCUCAGGGUAUUCUGAAGAUGAAAUUGUAAAUCAAUCUAUAAAGGACCAUGAAGAACGUCAAGUGAAAGAAGCAAUGGAAAAAUCAAAACAAGAACCUGCUUCUGCCCAAGGGACCAGGCUAGCUCAUGGACAAACCGCUUCUCCUGGACAGAGUAGUCAGAGGAUUGGGCUCGGUGAUCCCAGCCAAACUAUACUACCGACUGAUACGUUUGGUGAAUCAGAGGUUGAAGAAAUAGUAGCUCUAGGAUUCACAAGAGAACAGGCUAUUGUCGAACUUAGGAGAUUCAACGGCGACAAAACUCAAGCCACUGUUGCACUGUUCGCCAAGUCACUUAAAUUCUGAUGACAGCUGACAAACGUUGCCGCUAGUAAAACUAUGUAUUCGGUUAAACUGACAUGACGUUUCAAGUAUAUUUCUCUACAAUACUGUUACGAAAUUCUAUUCUUGUUUCAACUUUAACAUAUUUCACAUGCCGAUAAUAAUAUCUCUUCUAUUACAUAUCUAAUUGACAUUCAAACAAUGUUUUAUAUUAUUUUGUUAGGAAAAGCGAUUUACUACAAUUAUGCACGUUGGUAAAACGAAUGGUGUAAUAGGACGACAGUUUCUCAUAACACAAGUUGGUAUUUUAAGUUAAAAUGUAUAAUUUACUUUCCAGCGUCUGCCACAGGUAAUAACGAAUCUUAUUUUGUCUCACCUUUCUAAAUAAAAAAUAAUUUUCCAUAACGUGGCG